CCGCCAUUUUCCACCCAGCAUCCAGCUCGUAUGAUACACCCACGAGUUGCUGGCGCGCCGACGUCUCACACACGUUCAUUAUUUGCGGAACAUAGAAAUAGCCGGCGUCAUCAAAGCGGCACGCGUGGGGCUCGCCGUUGUGCUGCGAGAGCGACCGCGUGGUAACUGCGCCUUCGAAACACUGGGGGCGCGUCCGCGGCGUUCCGCGGUGGAGAGGAUGGCGAGGCGGGGGACGGGGGUGAGGCUGUUUGGUGGAUGCACAGCAGCGGCAGCCUCAUCCCCUCCGCGCUAUCCUCCCGCCGCCGCGAGUGAACGAGUCAACAUGGCCGCGGAGCAGCUCACCCUGUAGCACCGCGGAGAAACGGAACAAAAGCAACACACAGAUUUAAUGGCGUUCAUGUCCCGGUUCUCCCGGUCCCGGAGCAGCUCCAGGUCUCCGAGCCGAAACAAUCCCGAGCGUGUCUCCCCAAACCUGACUGUGUCGGAGUUGGAGAGGAUGCUCUACACGGGCAAGACGGCCUGUAACCAUGCAGACGAAGUGUGGCCACGACUCUAUAUUGGAGAUCAAGAUAUCGCAUCAGAUCGGCGUGAGCUGGCCAAACUCGGCAUCACACACAUCCUCAACUGUGCACAGAGUAAGUGGCGUGGCGGAGCCGAGUAUUACACCGGGAUGAACAUCACCUAUCACGGCAUUGAGGCCCACGACUCCCCCACCUUUGACAUGAGUGUCAACUUCUACCCUGCUGCAGAAUUCAUCCACAAAGCCCUGACAAGUGGAGGCAAGGUGCUGGUCCACUGCGCUGUGGGAGUGAGCCGCUCAGCCACUCUGGUGCUGGCCUACCUAAUGAUCAGACAAAACCUGACCCUGGUGGAGGCCAUCAAAACAGUGAAAGACCACAGAGGUGUCACCCCCAACCGAGGCUUCCUUCGCCAACUCAACGGCCUGGACAGCAUCCUGAGAGAGAGCCGCAAGACGUCACCGCAGAACUGAAAACAUCCCAAGCACACACGCCACCUGAGAUAGCAGCUCGUCUGGUUACACUGAGGAAGAUAAUGGGACCAAGUCAGGAGCAAGUGGUGGGUUUAUGACAUUGUGGCUCUGAGAGGCAGCAGGUGAUAGGAGGGUUUGACUGAUAUCAGUAUCUCCGGUCUCAUUCAUUUUUUAUUAUCUGUUUAGGACACAGUACGAGUACUGGUUGGUUUUUCUUCAGUGAGGUCCAUAUUUUUGAAAUAGCAAGGGUGGCUUACACACAUUUAAAUGCCAAACAUUACCCUUAGCCCAAUGAAGAAUUCAUUCAAAUCAAGUCUUCUCAGUGUUAUAGAUCACAAAUUUGCCUUAAAGGACCUUACAAUCUUUACAACAUUUGACAAACAAGCUCUGUCCACAACGUACGGUCUUACCAGCAUUUAAACAGCAGAAUGUUGCAGCAAAAUCAAAUCAAUAAUUUCUAUGGUUAAAGCUCACCUUUGCCCAUGAGCAAGCCACAUUGAAGGAGCUGACAUCUGACGGAGUGAAGAACCGGAGAAUCCAUAAUGUAGGAAGCUUUCGUAGAUUAUUAACUACCUGUCACCAUUCAGUUUUAUUUAACCUGCUCUCUAAGAAUUUAAACUGCUCCACAAAAAUAAAAAUAAUAAUAAUAAUUUAGCAUAUAGCCACUAUCUAAUCAAGCCUCUGGAACUACUUUUUGUAAAGACGGUAAGAUAAGUUCUGCCUUCUGUUGUGACCAGGCCUAGACCCAAGAGUCGCAUAAGGAAAAUUCCCAAAAUAUAUUUUUGAUGAGGGUAAAAAAGUCUCCAAAGGAAGACGGUGGGACCUUUCAAGGUUUCACAAGAUAAAUCUUAACUGUCAUGAGAUGAUCUGAGAAGUCAGGAAAGGAGAAAAGCGAGAGAGAGAGGGAGAUACAGAAAGAUUUUAAAAUCUUUAAAAUCUCUAUAAAAGCCUCUAAAAGAUGUUAAAUAAAAUAGUCUGUUGCAUCAUAGGGUCCAAGACAGAAACCAAUGUCCCCAAUAUGAAUCCAGCCAGGGACAUUUGUUGAAAGUGAUCCCUGUGUCUUCCCAUUUCCAUGUCUGCCUAUUUACUGUGUACACUCAAAAUUCAGGUCUAGAUGCCUUAAAAUAAUCAUUAAAACUAACAUAAUCUCAGAAGAGACUUAUCUUUACUCAUAGCUCAAGGACUCAUCUAUGUUGUGAUGAGCAGCCCCAGUUAAGUUGGCAAGAAGUUGGCAAUGACCCUCAUAAACCAAAAUGGUCAGGAACCACUGAAAACCAUGUCUCUAGAUGAACAAAUCUACAGUCCAAUCCCUCUACUUUCUAAUCAUUCAGAACAUUCCACUGAAACUUAUAAGACGUGAAGCCUGAUUUUAUUGCGCCACAGUACCAGGGGAAAAGUAAGGAACUCAAAGGUUCUUUGUACAUUUUUUAACUUAAUCAGUGUUUCCUAAUGCGCUAUAAAACACAUUAACAAGUCAGAUAGUUUAAUCUCCGGUGCAUUUGUUCUUGUUUCAGGAAAUUUCUACAAUUCUUAAGUCUAUAGAGUAUGUCUCAGAUCACCGUUCUAGUAUCAAGAAGGUGACAGCAAUGUUGAAAUUAUCCAAUCAGUUGGAAACAUUAAAUCAUCGCAGUAGCAGAAUAUUUUCAUUUGUUUUAAUAAAAAAUAAUUAAAGGACAGUACUGGCCCCUGCUCCUGGUGCCACCAUUAAAAUACAGUUAGUUUUAUUUAAGACAGAAACUAUUAAUGACUUUAUUUUUUAAUUAUUUUUUAGACAAUUCAUUUAUUAAAUGAGUGAAUUAAAAAAGUAACCUAACUGUGCUGCCUCAGAAUUAGAUCUUUUUUCAUAUAUUUAAAUUAUUUGUUAACAUUGACUAAUGGUCCAAAUAUUCAAUUAACAACAUAUAAAACAGAGAAAAGCAUUGAAUAUUUGGCUUUUUUUGAUAAAUCACUUUUAAAUGAUUAAUCUGUUAUUGAAUAUCAAUUUUCUGUCAAGCAACUAGUCGUUUAAUCAAUUAGUUAUUUCAGUCCGAGUGUUCUUAUCAGCCAGUCUGGAUCUAUAGUAAUAUAAGCACUGCAAUGGCUCAGGGUUGGGAUUCAGGGGCCCCCUAGUUUUGUUUCUAAGGCCCAAACAUGGGCUCUUCUGUCUUUUGUAAUCACAGCAGAAGUUAAACCUGUUAUAUCAGGUCGCAAAAGAAAAGAUUCUCGCUCAGUGAUUCUUUCCCCAUAGCUUCAGUCUUUGCAGCUCUUCCGUCAAUUUACUUAUUCACAUUCAGCAUGUGUCAUUAAGUGCUGUACAUCUGUACAUACUUAUUAUCCGUAGUGAGUUUGUGCAUAGCAAGAUACAGUAUAAUAUAUUUUUUGUUUUCAAUAUAGUGUGGAAUAAGCAAAACUGGUAAAUGGACUCUAUUUAUAUAGCGCUUCUCUAGUCUUAUUGACCACUCAAAGCGCUUUUACAGUACAAUUCACAUUCACACAUUCAUACACAUUCAUACACUGGAGGAAGAGCUGUCGGAGGCAAUUUGAGGGUUAAGUAUCUUGCCCAUCUUGGAAGCAGGGAUUGAAUCACCGAUCUUACAGUUUGAGGUAGUCUCUACCUCCUGAGCUACAGUCGCAAGUCCAGUGUUUUUCCAAAAAAUUGCGGUAAUGUUUUACUUUUUUAUAGGAUAUCUGGUGUGAGAUGAUCUGAAAUUCAUCCAUUAGACCAAAUUCAUCCAUUAGAGAUUAAAGACCAAUGGACGGGAUUGACGAUACAGGGAGGGAAUUAAAUAUUCCUUGUGCUUUACUGUAAUUUACCUCAUUGUUCCAGACAGCAUGGACACCAAUGGUAACAUUACAGGAUUGGUUGGUGAUAGACACAAGCUGCUUUCAGAGAUGCACUGAAGUCCGAACAUUUUCUUAAAAUUUUCCACGGGCUGAAAGUGAGAAGACAGAUGUCUCAGUCAGUUGCUUAAGACAUUUUUGUCAGUUUGUCAUGUCUGAAAACAGCCUUUUGUCUUUCAACAGGACAAAGCUAAAAGAGAUAGACAAAAACCUCCCAGGGGUCGCCAGUGAGUUGAAGGGGAGGCCAAGAUGUUGAAAAUCCCCCUCCUUCCACGUGUUAUAACUUACUCGAGUCUGAACACACAGACAUGAAAAACAUUUUCAUAUCAUUCACUCUGACCACUUCCGAGGAUAUUAUCUCUGAUGGGUGGAGAAUAAAAGUCCAUAGAAGACAGAGAAAAAGACGAAUAUGCCCAAGCAUCAUCGCAUUGAAAAAAUUUCUUCACGGUCAAAGUAAUAACAAAAAAUGCCCAAAUUCAAAAUCACCCACCUCCUCUACAUAAAUCCAGUCCAAAUAGGGCUUUAGAAUCAAAAUCACAUACUUAACAAGGAGAGUAAACUUCCAGUCCGGUGAAUCACUUCAACGUUACAGUGAUUGUUAGCUGACCGGAGCAGUACUCGUGAUAGUGUUAUAUGCCAGCAAAAGAUAUUCAAAACAGACUGUGGGACUGUGCAGUGGGAGAAUAUACCACAAAUGUGCCAUUGCAAAAGCUACCAACUGCCUGGAUGAUAGGAGACUGCACAGUGUUCAGUGCUGUAUUACAAAGUCUGCUCUCUUGUCUUGGUGUUAAGUGAGGCUAAUUGUGUUCUCAUGCUCGUGAAAAACAAGAGAUGCUGAAAUUUGAAUCAGCUUUAUGUGUGUUAAUGGUUACCUCAAGUGUCAUAUUUGAAACACAUUUGUUGUGAUUAUUAGUCUUCUUCUGUGUUAUUUCAACACCAACAUUCCACAUUCCAACAUUCCACAGUUGAUAAUCCAUGUGGAAUGCACAGAAAUGAACAAUCUUGCUAUGACUUAUUGUUUUUUCCAGCUCAAUGGCUGGACAAAAGAGUACACUGUCAAUUGAGAGAUAUUAGCUAUUUUACGCUACACAUAACCAGGCUAGAUGUUUCCUCCUGCACCCAGUCUUUAUGCCAAGCUAAGUUAAGUUUAUUGAUCCUGGCUUCAAAUGUAUACUCAACCCAAAGACAUGUAAGUGAUAUACUGUAGAUCUCCUUGUCUCCCUCUCGGCUCGAAGGCAAAUUUCCCAAAUUGUCAAACAUUUUUUUAAGCAUGUUUUACUUUCCUUGAGAACAUGGAAAGCAAAGCAGAACAGCAAACAACCCAGACCCAGGUGGCGUGAGACUAAGGGACAAUUUGUUAGCAUUGUGUGUUAAAUGAAUACCCAUUUGCAUCAUAGCUGGCUCCUUAGGUACUAAUAGAUGACCCAAAGUGCCACAUCAGACCACUCUCUGUCAGACCACAGGCAUUUUCAUGAGACCCUGAUAUUUUAAAAUGGCACAGCAACACAGAGGAGACACUUUCUGGAAAAGCCCAAUUUAACCAUUACCAUGUUUACCUUUGCCGUAUUGGUUUUUGUAUGUUUUGUAUUUGUGGUUUUACUGUGCUGUGAUUGGUCGUAGUCCUGUUUGUAUUCUCGUAAUAUAUUUUUCUUACAGCGACCUUUCAAUAGGGAAACUUGAAUUCUUUUAAUUUUAUUUAACAUUCUCUUUGAAGGAGAACCUGGCAAAGGAGAUGUCGAUGCCUUAAUUUGUGUACUUCAAGUGGGUUUUUAGACUUUGUUUCUAUGUUUUUACUGUGAAGAACACUAAGCAUUGAUACUUUGUUUUGAUAAAGUCUGUGCUUAGUCAGAAAUUAAAAAAAAUCUUCUCUCAGA